CGCCUCCCCUCUCCCCUCAUAUGUAUAUAUUUCAAAACCCAACCUCUCUCUCUCAUUCUUCAUCCGCCACUCUCCUUUCUCUCUCUAAAACCUCCUCCUUUUCCUUCUCUCUCUAAAGCCUCCUCCAUCUCUUCUCUCUGAAAGGUCUCGAUGCUGGUGGCGAAGGACGAGUGGACGAGUGCGGCGAUGACCGACGACGUCCUCGUCGUCGAGCUACUGCUGCGGCUGAAGGAGUCGCGAGCGGCGUCAUCCUCGUCGUCUCCGCUUCUCCACUAUCCCUUCACGGCCAAGUCCGUGAUUCCGCGGUGGGGUCUCCGGCUGCCACGCAGCAAGGCGUCGGGGUCGGCGGCGUCUUCCUCGAGAUGCGACGCCGUUUGCCGGAGGAACAACAGUAAGAAGGACGACUCGACUAGAUGCAGCCCCACCACGCCGCUUUCCUGGAGCGGCGGCAGCGGCGGCGGCUCGCCUUCCGGCACUGCCGAUGGAUUCGAAGAGUCCAGCCGCCCCAGAUCCAAGGGUACUGCUACAUAUGAAUCCACUAGCACCACCAAUGGAAUCAAGAGGGCAAGGAAGAAGAAGUCAUAUGAUGAGCUUAAAGAAGAGGAAACUUCGUUGUUGAAAGAAAGGACUAAUUUGAGAAAGGAAAUAGCGACAUUACAGGCUACUUUUAAAGAGCAAAGAGCCAAAAAUGAGCACUUAAAGAGAGCGAAGCUCGACUUGAACUUGCAUUCUUCUGCCACAAAUUUGAUUGCGUACUUUGAUGGAGCGGAGAACGCUAUUGCCAGUCAACCCCAUCAGAGAAUAGCACCUCCUAGUUUCGGACACUUUCCUUCACAUUUGCUUUCACAUGCCACACCGUAUGUUAAUCCGUAUCCUCAACUGGAUUCCAGCGAUGAACACAAGGCUGCUUCGUCAUCUGGGAACAAUUCUUUCGUGCUGCCUGAUCUGAACAUGGUGCCUUUUGAGGAGGACUCUGGUUCGGAAAUGCUAUACGGGAUGAGCUGAGAGGAAAGCAAGGCAUGGAUGGUUAGAUAAAGGUGUUUCAAAUGUAACAUAGCACAUUGCCAGGGAGCUCUUUAUAAGUACUAUAACUAGUGUCAGCAGCAUUCAGUGGAAGUUACAGAUAUAACCUGCUCUGAAUCCCAUUGUUUUAGAAUUACCAAAUGGGAAGUUGACUAGUGGAUGGACAAAGUUUUGUGGGCUUUGUGUUUAGUAUAUUAGCAAUAGAAGACUGUUAAUUAUGUGACACAGGUUCCUGCUUUUUUCUCUAAUAUUCUUUUCUUCGGGGUAAAAACCCCCUCGUUUUACUUAUCCUUCUUCAGAUUAUUUAGAUCAGAAGUUGUACCAUUCUUUGUAGUUUUAAACGUUGCUGGACUCGCUUUUCAGUUUUCA